AUAAGUUAAAAAGUACCCAAAAGAAAAAAAAAGUUGCAUAAUCCAUCCAUAUUUAUAUCAGAAUUUGUCUGUAUCACUAUCAUCUCUUCUGUGAAGCAACAUAGGGACCAAUAAAUUUUGUAGUCUGGCUCACAACAACACAUGUUACUUCUUCUUCUUCUUCAUAACAUUCCUCUUAUCUAAUCCACACUCACUCCAAUGGCUUCCACCUCAUCUUCUUCAUCCUCCUCAACCCCAUCACUCUCCAUAGACCUCCACCUCUUACAACACCUCGUCACGUUAAUAAACAACCACAUAACCACACUCAUCUCCAAUCCCAAAUCACGAAAACUCCUACACGCAAAAUGCGCCUCUAAUCUCAACAACUCAUUCGAUUUUUCUGAGCAGGCAAUUCUCUCUAACCUCUACUGGGGUAUUCAGAACGUAGAGGACGCAAUAGAGUCAAGAAACCAAAAGUUUGUGAAAACAUCUGAGAGAGCGCUUCAAGCGCCCGCGUCAUUGAAUGAAAAUGGGACGACGGGUGGUAUAUCGAACGAGUAUUUGGUGUGUUGCGCGUAUUUUUAUUUGUGUUUGUUAUGGAAAGUGAAGGGGGAUGAGGUGCAAGUUGCGGUUCAUUUUUUGCAAGCGUUAGUGGUUGCGCCUGGAGUGGUGAAGGGUGAGCUUGCGCCCGAGCUUUAUCGAGCAGUGGUUGAGUCGUGCAUUGCGCCGUUGAGGCCCGGUUUAGGGGAUGGGCUGGAUGGGGUUAAGUGGGGUGCGGCGAGUUGUAAGGCGUGGUUGAUGUAUUAUCAGGUUGUUUCUUAUGGACGGUCACCGUUGUUGUUGAAACACAAAGCUCAUGAAGUUAGAAACACAAAGGCCUGCAGCACAUCAUCUUCAAUCAUGUAUCAACAUCAUCAUCAGAAUUUUAAAAGGGUGCAUCCUAUUGAUCCCCAACAAAGUGCACAUGCUGACAUUAUUAAACUUGACUCCCCUGUUUCAAACAAAGUUUCCGAAAGCUCGGGUGUCAAACGUCUUCAAGAUCUUCUGUUAGAAGAGAAUUAUGAACAGAAUACACAUGUUGCCGUUGUAGAAAGCUCGGUUUUAAAGAAAGUGUCUGAAAAUUCUGGUACCAAGCGUCUUCAAGAUCUUCUCAUGGAAGAUCAAUCAUAUUCGCCAUCCUUACGUUCAGCCGCCAGUGAUUGCGCUGAUGACGGUUUUGAGGGAUAUGAAGACGAAUUCGAUAGAACAUUGCGAACCAUGCGUGCUGCUGCAGACGAACAACCAGAAACGACAUUCACAAUGUCAAAAUCCCCAUUUUUUCGGAACUGUUUAGAAGAUGAAAAGGAAGAACUCACAUGGGAACAAUAUUCUGGCGAAUAUUCAACCGCGAGAGACGAGUUUUUAUUUUCCGGAGAAAAUAGUUACAGGGUGGAACAAGCUGAGAUUGUCCAGAAAGUAAUUUCUAAACUAUGCUUCUCAGAAGGUUUAAAAAAACCUGACGACGACGACGACGAUGAUGAUUCAACGACAGUUGAAAUUACAACUGUGUAUGAAAUGUUAGCAAACAAACCGGGAUUAAAAUACGCGUUACUUAAAGACGUAAUUUUAGAUCAACUACUAAUGGCUCUAUCAACUUCAAAGGAGCAAGGGGUAACAAGAGCUUCAAUUUCCAUACUCUCAAGUAUCGUUUCUUCAAAUCCGUCGGUUAUUGAUGAGAUAAAGAAGAAAGGAUUAAACGUGAAUGAUCUUGCGAAUGCUUUGAAACGAGAUGUUUAUGAAGCAGCGGUUUUAAUUUAUUUGAUAAAGCCGUCUCCAAAUGAGCUUAAGACUCUUGAACUCAUGCCGAUAUUAGUUAAGAUCGUUUGUUCUUCAAGGAGUUCGAAAAGUGGCGUAAAAUCACUUUCUGUGUCACCUCACUCGGCGUCGCUAAUGAUUAUUCAAGUGUUGGUGACUGCUUUUGAUCACUCCACGAACAACGCUCACUUGGCGGCGAUUAUUUCACCGAAAGUGAUCUCGUGUCUUGUUAAUGUUCCACGAAAGGGUAGUUUGGAAGAAGUUACAUCUUUAGCGGCGAUUCUUGUGAAGUGUAUGAGAUUUGAUGGACAAUGCAGAUGUCAUGUUUUACAAUUUACUCCCAUUUCUCCAUUUGUUUCUCUUAUAUUGAGCAACCACAAGCAUGCCAUACUUGUAGGACUUGAAUUCUUCCAUGAAAUUCUAAGAAUGCCACGAUCAACAUCAAUAAGCCUGCUACAUAAACUAAGAGAAGAAGGAGGCAUGGAUAUUAUGUGUGUUUUAUUGCUUGCUAUCCAACAAACACAACAAGAAUAUAAGCUUUUAGCAGCUAGCUUGUUGCUUCAAUUGGAUGUUAUGGAAGAAUCAGUUGAUAAGGUUUUGAACAGGGAAGUGGCAAUUCAGACCCUAUUAGAGUCGGUGACUUGUGAAGAAAACUCGGAUGCACAAGAAUUAGCAGCGUUUAUAUUAUCAAAUAUCGGCGGAACGUUUGCAUGGACAGGAGAACCAUACACAAUAGCUUGGUUGGUAAAGAAGGCUGGUUUGAAUUCAAUAUUACACAAGAAUACUGUCAAACACAUUGAUUGGUCAGAUGAUAUGCUGCAGGAAAAUGGGACAGAAAUCUGGUGCGGGAAAGUUGCACGACACAUAAUAAAACUCGGGAAUCCUGUUUUCUAUGCUUUGAAAGACGGAUUAAAAUGCAAAAACAAAAGAAUCUCAAGAGACUGCCUCACGACAAUUGCAUGGAUCGGGUGUGAAAUUGUUAAGGGGCCCGAUGAUUUAAGGUGUUUAGCGUGUGACAUUUUGUUAAGUACAGUCGAGCAAUAUGUGCAUCCUGGGAUGGAAGUUGAAGAAAGAUUGUUAGCAUGUUUGUGCAUGUAUAACUACACUUUUGGUAGAGGCAUGCAGAAACUAACUCAACUAUCAGAGGGUGUAAGAGAGUCACUCAGACGCCUUUCGAGUAUAACGUGGAUGGCAGAGGAAUUGCUAAAAGUUGCAGACUAUUACAUGCCUAAUAAAUGGAGAAUAUCUUGUGUCCACACACAAGUUUUAGAGGCAAAUUACAAUGGAAGUGGAGCGGUAAAUUCACUCAUCUACUAUAGGGGAUAUCUUUUUGGUGGAUACUCAAAUGGGUCAAUUAAGGUUUGGGACAUCAAAGGGCAAACAACGACUCUUAUAGCCGAUGUUAAGGAGCACAAAAAGACGGUAACAUGUUUUGCGCUUUUGGAACCAGGGAAUUACCUUUUGAGUGGAUCUACAGACAAAACGAUUCGGAUAUGGCAAAUGUUUAAAAGAAAAAUGGAAUGCGUUGAAGUAAUUACAACCAAGGAUUCGAUUCAAAGUCUUGAGACGUACGGCGAAAUGAUUUUUGCGGUUACCCAAAGCCAUAAAAUGAAGGUGAUUGAUUCAUCAAGAAAAGUGAAGGAUGUUUUCAAGAACAAGAAUGUGAAAUGCAUAAAGGCUUGCCAAGGGAAAGUUUACAUAGGGUGCAUGGACUCAAGCAUACAGGAAUUAAUAAUCGGAAACAAUCGACAACAAGAGAUCAAAGCUCCGUCGAAGAGCUGGAGAUUGCAAAGCAAGCCUAUCAAUUCAAUAGCACUCUACAAAGACUGGCUAUAUAGUGCAAGUACCUCUAUUGAUGGAUCAAGAAUUAAGGAUUGGAGAAAACAAAGCAAGGGUCAAGUGUCGGUAGUACCAGAAAAAAGAGCAAAUGUUGUAGCAAUGAGCAUUGUAGAAGACUUUAUAUACUUUAGCACCAGUUGUUCAUCAAGCAAUAUAGAGAUUUGGUUGAGAGGGGCACACCAUAAAGUUGGAAGGCUAUCAGUAGGCAGCAAGAUAACAAGCAUACUUACAGCCAAUGACAUGAUUUUAUGUGGUACGGAAUCAGGGUUAAUCAAGGGCUGGAUUCCUCUCUAAUGCUACGGUUGAGUACAUAUUAUGGCGUAAAUAUAUAUGAGGAUGUACACAAUAUAUAUGUACAUGAGUUGCAUAGUAUAUAUAUCUCAACACAAUACAUCUCCAUUUCCCAAUUUUUUCAUACAAUAAUAAACUUGGAGAGAUGGGUCAUGAUCCAUUAUUGUAUCUGGUUAUUGUGGUCAUCAGUAAUAUAUAUAUAAUUUUUGUUUAUAUUU